AUGAGUUCGCGUAUUGAAUACAUUUCACCUGAAGGAUUGCGAGUUGAUGGAAGACGUUCCCAUGAAAUUAGAAAUAUUAAAUUUAAAUUAAAUUUAUUUAGUAGAGCCGAUGGAUCAGCAUAUUAUGAACAGGGCAAUACACGUGUAUUAGCUGCUGUUUAUGGUCCGAGAGAAGUCAAAAAUAAAUCACAAAUGAAGAAUGAUAGAGCAAUUAUUAAUUGUGAAUAUAGUAUGGCAACAUUUAGUACAGGAGAAAGAAAGAGACAAUUCAAAAAGGAUAGAAGAUCGACUGAAAUUUCAGUUGUGAUUAGACAAACAUUUGAAUCUGUAAUUUUAACACAUUUAUAUCCAAGAACACAAAUUGAUAUUUUCAUGCAAGUUCUUCAAGCUGAUGGAGGUACUAGAUGUGCUUGUAUAAAUGCUGCAACACUUGCCUUAUUAGAUGCAGGUAUUCCAAUGAAAGAUUUUGUUGUUUCAUGUGCUGCUGGAUUUAUUCAAGGUUCUCCAUUAACAGAUUUAAAUUAUAUUGAAGAUUGUGCUGGUGGUCCAGAUGUACCAAUUGCUCUUCUUCCAAAACAUGAUAAGGUCACUUUAUUACAAAUGGAUUCGAAAUUAUCUUUGGAUCAAUUUGAAAAGGUUUUGGAACAUGCAAUAGAGGGUUGUAAACAAAUUCACAAAGUUAUAGAUGAACAAUUGAAGAAACAUACGUAUGCACUGGUGAAUAAAAGAGGUCUGUUUUCGGCCUAA